AGUCAGGCAUAGCCUGUACUCCAGCUUAGUGUUCAGUCAGGCACAGACGCCCCAGCCGCUCUCCCGCUCCCUUCUCGCUGUUUUCAUUUGGACGUUUUGUUGGUGCAGAACAGAAAUAAGCAGCCAUGGACGCCAUCAAGAAGAAGAUGCAGAUGCUCAAGCUCGACAAGGAGAAUGCCUUGGACAGAGCUGAGCAGGCGGAGGGGGACAAGAAAGCGGCGGAGGACAGAAGCAAACAGUUAGAGGACGAUAUAAGAGAGUUGGAAAAGAAAUUGCGUAUAUCUGAAGACGAACGCGAUAAAGUGUUUGAGGAGUUCCAAACUGCUGAAGAAAAGUUCCUGACCGCAGAAGAAGUCGCUACCAAGCUUGAAGACGAUUUGGUAGCUCUGCAGAAGAAGCUGAAGGGAACUGAGGAUGAGUUGGACAAGUACUCCGAGGCUCUUAAAGACGCCCAGGAGAAGCUUGAGCUGGCUGAGAAGAAAGCCGCUGAUGCCGAGUCCGAUGUCGCCUCCCUUAACAGGCGUAUCCAGCUGGUUGAGGAGGAGUUGGAUCGCGCCCAGGAGCGUCUGGCCACGGCCCUGACCAAGCUGGAGGAGGCUGAGAAGGCCGCUGAUGAGAGCGAGAGAGGCAUGAAGGUCAUUGAGAACAGGGCCAUGAAGGAUGAGGAGAAGAUGGAGCUGCAGGAGAUCCAGCUGAAAGAGGCCAAGCACAUUGCUGAGGAGGCUGACCGCAAAUAUGAGGAGGUCGCCCGUAAGCUGGUCAUCAUUGAGGGAGAUCUUGAGCGUGCAGAGGAGCGCGCUGAGCUGAAUGAAGGCAAAUGCUCCGAGCUUGAGGAAGAGUUGAAAACUGUGACCAACAACCUGAAGUCACUGGAGGCCCAGGCUGAGAAGUACUCACAGAAGGAGGACAAAUACGAGGAGGAGAUCAAGGUCCUCACCGACAAGCUGAAGGAGGCUGAGACUCGUGCUGAGUUUGCUGAGAGAUCAGUAGCCAAGCUUGAGAAGACCAUUGAUGACUUGGAAGAAAAACUGUCACAAGCAAAGGAAGAGAACCUCGAUAUGCACCAGAUGCUGGACCAGACUCUAAUGGAACUGAAUAAUUUGUGAAAGCACGGUCUGACCCCACAUGCACUGUGGUUUUUGGCUUUUUGUACAUGCACCUUGCAAACCAUAAACCUCUCUCCUCAAACCUUGCCGAUGGUAGAGAUGAAACGGCUAAAUGCAUUUCCUAUUUCACCGUCCUGCCUUCAGCGGAAGUUGACCAAGGAGCAAAGCUAAGGGGAAGUAAAGCUUAACAAUUCCCUUUGAUGAGGCCUAAACCCGACAAAUAAAUGUCAUUUUUCGCAAGCCAGUUUUUAAUCUUGUAAGGAUGUCCGCGUUUUGCAAUCCUUGAGAAAGCUUUUUUUGACCAGUCAUUUGGCGGUAACAUUUGUAAGUUGAGUUUCUAUUGCAAUGUAGCUAAUCUGGUCCGUUCCAUUCCACCUAGAUUAUGCACAUACAUAUGGACAAAGUGGAGAAAUGUUGCACAUGAAUUCUGUCUAAUAUAUGCCCUCCUCCCAGAAACUUUCUUAACCAGUCUUGGUAUAACUUGGCCAUGCCUGUCAUCUUUUAAACUGGUGCUACUGCAUUGUUAAAUCAAUGCAUUGCAGUAUAUUCUUAUCCUUUAAAACCAUGGUUCAACAUUUGUCCAUCUUGUCUAUACAGUCAUUUGGUUGUGCAUUGUUUUAGCAUUGUAUUAAUGUAGAUGUGUCAUGUGAUUAUCAUAUCUGAAAUUUAUAAAUCAUGAAAAUAAAAAGGCACGUUUUGAAAGUUUU